GUUAUUUAGUAACGGUUAGCGAGUAUCUCGGCGCAGAUACAAGAUCGAUCUCGCCGAGCGCACAUUCUCCACAGUGCCAUAAUUCAAAAUGCUGACUAAUGCCAAAGAUUUCGUGUUUCUGCUGUUGCUGUUGCUGCUGGCUGCUCAACGCGCGCGUUCACUGAACUGUUAUCGCUGCAAGAGCACCUUCAGUUGGACCCACUGCGGCCAGAAUGCGAUCGUGGAGGUGUGCGCAAAGGAAUAUCCCUCCGAGGACCGCUACCAGUGUGUCAGUAAUCGGAUGAACCUGACAAUGCCAUUGCUGGAGCUUAACUUCUACGCCACCGGGUGUGGUUUGCUCGGCCAGGACGGAGCCCGGAAGCUGUUCGAAAGACUCAGUUGGAAACACUCGCACGCCAACGUCACCGUCGAAGAGUGGCCAAGCUGCGACCAUGAUCUCUGCAAUUCGGUUGCCGAUUUUGAUGCCACCUUCGAACCACCAGCGAGGAUCGUUUCAACAGUUGGAAGCGCGACCCGUUUUGAACCGAGAUUGGUGCUGCUGGGAAUUAUUAUGUUCGCUGUGCGUAUGGUAAUGGCAUAAUAAAAAUUCAUCAACGAAUACUAUUGUCUGUGCGUGUUUCUU